AGGCUACUUUAGUCCCCCAACAUAAGCACAUUCACAGAUGUCUCCGCACGCGUAGAGCCGUGUCACCCGUCACGACAGAGCAGCCUGCUUCUGUGUGAACCAACGAGGCGCGGACAGAGAGAAACAGAGAGGGACAGAGAGAUACGAGAAGAGGUAGUGAGGAUAAGGGAGGGAGGCUGAGCUGAGAGAAAGAAGAGGUGAAGAGCCACGGAGCAAAAAACACAUACAUCGCUGCCACUCUGACGUCUCCCCCUUCAUGCGCCUGUUUCGGCUUGUGAGAGCGCAAGAAGAGGAGAGAGAUAGGGAGACGGGGAAGGGAGGAAAAUAAAUCCUGGGAGCUUGUGUCCUCUCUUUGCUUUUUUUCCCCCAUCUCCAUCAUCCAAGGCAUGAAGGCGGGUGUCAGCUGGCACGGCAGAAUAAAAGAAAGGGAUGCUUUGACUGCUGCCUCUCUUUCGACAAGGGACAAGGAAGAGGAAGGGGGGGACAACACACAGCAGGGACAAAAACAGGAUUUCUAGAAUGAAUGGGAGUCCUUCUGCCGCAUGCGCUGGGAAUAGCAGUCUCACACUGAAGUCUCUGAAUGAGGGGCCAGCCCUGAGGACGUGAAACUGUUGGGAGAGUUUGGAUGUCACCGGUGACACUGCUUCCCACUGCGUUUGACCACCUUGAACUGCACACAUCUCUGCUGUCCAGGCGGCACCAAUUAAGGCAGGCUUGAGACGAAGAGUUGUGGCAGUAUCAGACGACAUAAGGAGGAAAGGAAUACACUGGAGGAGGGGCCUGUGCUUGCUGCAGACGGGCAGAGGAUUGCUUGUCUGGACUCAGUGUUGCCCGUCUGCGUGAGUAGACACGGCCGAGGAAGAGGACAUGGUCGGUUGAGGUGUCAUGGAGGACGUCACCACUACGUAGCUUGUCCGGUAUGCAGUGUGGCCUUCCCAGCUACGCAUCACCAGUGGUGCCAUGAUCCAGUUAUAACUGUGGGUAAUGCCGAGCCAAAUAACCAAUCCUGGAGAUGCCGAAGAGAAGAGAUAUUCUUGCCAUCGUGUUGAUUGUGUUACCCUGGACUCUGCUCAUCACUGUUUGGCACCAAAGCGCUAUAGCUCCACUCCUCGCCAUCCGCAAGGCCUGUCACCACCUAGUAAAAGAGAUCUUUAUCAUUCCAGAGAGGCUUGCAGUCCGCCACCACCGGCUCUCAGAUGAUGGUGUCGAGGGCAAGAGGGAGGCAGGUGGCCAGGCGCAGGACUCCAAGGAAUACUGUGCCUCAGAUAAGGACAUUGUGGAGGUGGUGAGGACAGAGUAUGUGUAUACGCGGCCUCCGCCCUGGUCCGAUGUGUUGCCCACCAUCCACAUUAUCACCCCUACAUAUAGUCGACCGGUGCAGAAGGCGGAGCUGACACGGCUGGCAAACACCUUCCUCCAUGUUCCCAACCUGCACUGGAUCCUGGUAGAGGACUCCCAGAGGAGAACGCCUCUAGUCACGCGGCUCCUCAGAGAAACAGGGCUUAACUAUACCCACCUCAAUGUGGAGACGCCCAGGAACUAUAAGCUGCGGGGGGACACUCGGGACCCCAGAAUCCCCAGGGGGACCAUGCAGAGGAACCUGGCCCUGCGGUGGCUGAGGGAGACCUUCAACGCCAACAGCAGCCAAGCUGGAAUCGUCUACUUUGCAGACGACGACAACACGUACAGCCUGGAGUUGUUUGAGGAGAUGAGAUCGACACGGAAAGUUUCAGUGUGGCCUGUGGCCUUUGUGGGCGGAUUGCGGUACGAAUCCCCCAAGGUCAAUGCAGCUGGAAAGGUCUAUGGAUGGAAGACAGUGUUCGACCCCCAUCGGCCCUUUGCCAUCGACAUGGCUGGCUUUGCCAUCAACCUGAGGCUCAUCCUCUUCAAGCCGCAGGCGUAUUUUAAGCUUCGCGGGGUGAAGGGAGGCUACCAGGAGAGUAGUUUGCUCCGGGAACUUGUCACACUCAACGACCUGGAGCCUAAAGCAGCCAAUUGCACUAAGAUACUCGUUUGGCACACAAGAACGGAGAAACCUGUCCUUGUAAACGAGGGGAAAAAAGGAUUCACAGACCCCAAUGUGGAGAUUUGACCUCAGACCAUGGUGUUUGGCCUUGGACCUGCGGAGGAAGAAAACGGCUGAGUCUCUUGAUAAGUGCAACCAGCGUUCAUGUCUUAAUCAUCAGAAAAAAAAAAGGAAAAAAAAGGAAAUGGGGGCCUUUGAAGGGGGAUUUAAUCCUCUUGACUGAAUCUGACAUUUUUAAAAUAUGGACUAAAACAGUACAAAUGUACCAUAUUAAAGCACAGAUUAGUAAGAGGCUGCAGUUAUUUGUCAGGUCUACGACUGACGUGCAGAGGAGACGAAAUAAAGGACGCCUCGCAGUAUGGAUUGACAUGUCCUGCACUUUUACGGUACGAUGCCCCGCUGAGGACAACCCGACAAAAGAGACAGCACAAUAUGACAAGCAUACAGCCAGCGGAGUCAACCAAACAAGCAGGUUAAAGAAUAUCCUUCACCUCAAAAAAGAAAAAAAAAAUGGAAAUGUUUUAAAAGUGGAUCUGCACAUGGUACACGAGGGAAAUUCCUCUUGGAUUUAAGGACAUCAUCAGCCUGGAUAAAACCACGACUCCAAGGGACAAAUAUGUCUUGUGUGGAUUUUCCUUUGAGCAAACACAAACAUAGCAAAGGAAGGAAUGUUCUUUUGAUAACUAUGAAAAUGUUUGCUUUAAUUUAAUUUAAUCUGUUUGGGUGUUUCACAAGCACUUGACUUGUUAGUUCAAUACUACUGACUCUUACCUGCAUUUACUCUUGGGUUAUCAUUGUUCAUUUUAUGGUGUCAUUAUAACUCAUGCAUUUAAGCCACCCC